AUGCCUGUUCCCCCAUCACCAUAUCCUAGUUUUCCUAUCCCAAAUCCCUCUUUCCGUCAAGAAUCGCCGAGUUUUAGUCCUCCUCAAUAUUCCCAAACGCCGGGUUUUACUCCCCAGUAUGCUCACAGGCCUGAAACUACCACCACCCAUGAAUCUUUUGUCAAUGGUCCCAACCCCAUCCCACCACAAUACCCUUCACCAAAUGAAGCAUUGUCAAGUUUGAAUGCCCCAAUGGGAUUGGCUAAUCAACCAACACAUGCUCCAUAUGUUGGUGCAAAUCAACAGUACUCUUUUUCCCAUGAAACACCAAGUUUCAAUCCUCAAUAUGCUUACAUGCCUGAAACCAGUACUACCACCCAUGAAUCUGUGAUCAAUAAUAGGCCUAACCCACAAUGCACUUCAUCAAAUCAAGCACUUUCUUCAACAGCCAAUCAACCAACACAUGCCCCAUAUGCUGUUGAAAACCAACAAGUUCCUGUUGUCAAUGGUCCUAAGCCACAGUACUCUCAGCCAAAUGAAGCUCUGCACAAUUCUAGUGCUCAGACAAGUCUUGCUAACGAGGGAAAGUCACGUGCUGAUCCACCAAAUCAAACACAACCACGAAAUGUAAAGCAUUUCAGCCACCAUCAUGCCUUGCAUUUAUCCAAAGUUCAAGAGAAAGAUUACAUUCCCUGCUCUGUUUGUGAUCAGUGCCUUUCUGGCUCGGCUUACAGUUGCACCAAGCAAAGGUGCAACUUUGACAUUCACAAGUCCUGCUUCGAAUUACCACAAGAGAUUCACCACAAAUCGCAUCCCAAACACACUCUCACGCUUCUCUCGUCCCCGCCUUACAAAGAAUACAAUGAAUUCACCUGCAAUGCCUGUCGUGAAAUUGGCACUGGUUUUACCUACCACUGUAAAGACUGCAAGUUUGAUCUCCAUGUCAAGUGUGCUACAUUGCUCGAAACUGUGAAACGCGAAGAUCAUGAGCACCUGCUGACUCUCUUUUAUUCAUCUCCAUACAAGAAAUCUGAAGAGGAUAGUGCGACGGACUUGAUCUUCUACUGCGAUGUAUGCCAAUUCUCAGUUGAUGACAGCUGUUGGGUAUACUAUUGUCAAGAAUGUGAUUAUGGUACUGACUUGCAUUGUGUGACUGCGGAGAAAAGACCAGAAGAAGAACAAACAAAGGAAUAUUCAGCAGAAGAAGCAGUUGCCAAGGCUCAGCAGCAUAUGCAAUUGCUUCAAAUUCAAAUGGAAAUGAGCAAACAAAAUGCACAGUUUAUAAGCGGAAUCGCACAAAAAGGCUCAACAGAUGCAGACAUGGCUGGAGACAUUGAUUCUAGGAAGUCCACAUCAGGCUGUUCCACGUGUGAAUUUGACCUUCAUGUCCAUUGCGCUUACAUGCCUGUUCCCCCAUCACCAUAUCCUAGUUUUCCUAUCCCAAAUCCCUCUUUCCGUCAAGAAUCGCCGAGUUUUAGUCCUCCUCAAUAUGUUUAUAGGCCUGAAAAUAUUACCCGUGAAUCUGUUCCCAUAAAUUGUCCCAACCAACAAUACAAUUCAGCAAAUCAGCAUUACUCUUUUCCCCAUGAAAUGCCCGGUUUUAGUCCCCAGUGUGCUUACAGGCCUGAAACUACCGCCAUCCAUGAAUCUUUUGUCAAUGGUCCUAACCCCAUCCCACCACAAUACACUUCACCAAAUGAAGCAUUGUCAAGUUUAAAUGCCCUAAUAGGAUUGGCUAAUCAACCAACAUGUGCUCCAUAUACUGGUGCAAAUCAACAUACUACCACCCAUGAAUCUGUGAUCAAUAAUAGGCCUAACCCACAAUACACUUCAUCAAAUCAAGCACUUUCUUCAACAGCCAAUGAAGCAACACAUGCCCCAUAUGCUGUUGAAAACCAACAAGUUCCUGUUGUCAAUGGUCCUAAGCCACAGUACUCUCAACCAAAUGAAGCUCUGCACAAUUCUAGUGCUCAGACAGGUCUUGCUAACGAGGGAAAGUCACGUGCUGAUCCACCAAAUCAAACACAACCACGAAAUGUAAAGCAUUUCAGCCACCAUCAUGCCUUGCAUUUAUCCAAAGUUCAAGAGAAAGAUUACAUUCCCUGCUCUGUUUGUGAUCAGUGCCUUUCUGGCUCGGCUUACAGUUGCACCAAGCAAAGGUGCAACUUUGACAUUCACAAGUCCUGCUUCGAAUUACCACAAGAGAUUCACCACAAAUCGCAUCCCAAACACACUCUCACGCUUCUCUCGUCCCCGCCUUACAAAGAAUACAAUGAAUUCACCUGCAAUGCCUGUCGUGAAAUUGGCACUGGUUUUACCUACCACUGUAAAGACUGCAAGUUUGAUCUCCAUGUCAAGUGUGCUACAUUGCUCGAAACUGUGAAACGCGAAGAUCAUGAGCACCUGCUGACUCUCUUGUAUUCAUCUCCAUACAAGAAAUCUGAAGAGGAUAGUGCGACGGACUUGAUCUUCUACUGCGAUGUAUGCCAAUUCUCAGUCGAUGACAGCUGUUGGGUAUACUAUUGUCAAGUAUGUGAUUAUGGUACUGACUUGCAUUGUGUGACUGCUGAGAAAAGACCAGAAGAAGAAGAAACAAAGGAAUAUUCAGCAGAAGAAGCAGUUGCCAAGGCUCAGCAGCAUAUGCAAUUGCUUCAAAUUCAAAUGGAAAUGAGCAAACAAAAUGCACAGUUUAUAAGCGGAAUCGCACAAAGUUUGUCCAACUUGGUUUGAAUUUUCUGCAAUUUUUUGUUGUGUUUGGGUUGGAAAAUAUGUUCUUGUUGGUCUGUUCUGGCCUUCUGGGUUGAUUUUGGUGUCUUUCUUGCUUUGCCUUCCUAUGUGAUUAUUGUUUGCAAUAUUUGUGUUCGGUGUUCGAAUUAUACUCUGCCAAGUUUGAUCAUUCAAAUAAGGUUUGAACUUAAUUUGUUCAUUUUGUUUGAGGUUUUGUUUUUCAAACAAGUCAGCUUGGGCUGCUAAUUCGAACCUUGAGACAGAAUAUCUCAAAUGUAUAUUGUUGAUCUU